CAAAAUCUGUGGGCGUGGCCUAAUGGAGGUUUGAACUUACGUGUCUGUGUGCACUUAAGAUAUGGCACGAAUUAAAAAAAAUUGCUGUGUUAUUGGUUUAUAUUACAAUCCAAAUUAACUCUUAAACGUAAUAUAUGAUCAACCUUUAAGAUUGAUCUUUAUCGACUAAAUUAAUUAAGUCCAUCAUUUGAGAUUUCUUUCAGUCAGUAUCGAGUUUUAAGUCAGAGGUGUGUUAUCAAAGAAUUCAGUUGACUGUACCUUGUCAUUUUGUUUUGGUGUAAACUGUUAUGUGAUAAAGUAAUGUAAAUAUUACAGGUUAUACUCCUUAAUGUUUAUGUAUUUACCAUAAUAUAACUAAUGCCUGAUAAUUGAUUUUCUAUUUCCAUAGUGAACUUUUUGUAAAUAAUAGGCAUUAACAUGAAUGGACAUCAUACAUUAUAUUUAUAUUUGUGUUUUAUCGUCCUGAGUUCGUUACAAUUGAAUGUGGAUGCAAGUUCAAAAUUUAGUGAUAGUGAUGAUGAUAAAUUAAAUGCACUUAAUCAACCUAUCAAAUCUGACAAGGCUUAUACUUCAAAUCAUUUUAAUGAAGGUGAAACAUUAGAAGGUGGAAAUGAAGUUGAUACUAGUAAUGUUUUAGAAGAUUUGAAAAGAACUGCUAGCUAUGAAGUAAAAGCCAGUGAUAAGAAUGAUGACUAUAAGUCAUCCUUCGAGGCUCUCUUCAUAGCUCCAGAUUUCAAUGGUCACCAAGAAGAACCAAACGAAUUUGAAGCUCAAGGAAUAGAACUUUAUAACAAAGCAAUGUUAAUGGUUAACUCAACUAGAGGCAAUAAGGCUGCAGCAUAUUCAUUAUUAGUUGAAGCAAGCAAUUAUGGACAUGUUGAUGCUAAAUUAAAAGUUGCAUGGGGUAUGCUGAUGGGCACUUAUUUAAAACAAGAUAUCGUUUCCGCCAAAGCAAUUUUCACUGAACUUGCUGAUAAGGGUUUGCCUGAUGCCCACAUGGGAUUAGGCUAUCUGUAUGCAGUUGGUCUCUCAGUUAAUGCUAGUCAAGCUCGAGCUCUUGUUCAUUACACUAUUGGUGCUCUCGGUGGUAGUACAUGGGCUAGAAUGGCUCUUGGCUACAGAUACUGGUCUGGAGUAUCUGUUUCAUCAAACUGUGAGAAAUCUCUUGAAUAUUACCGAUUAGUUGCAAACACAGUUGCCAAUGAAGUACAGAUGUCUAGUGGGUCUGUUAUACAAAGAGUUAGACUUCUUGAUGAAGUUGAUAAUCCAGGCUAUAACUCAGGAAUACUGGAUAAUGAUUUAAUAGAAUAUUACCAAAUGCUAGCUGAGAAAGGAGAUGUCCAGUCCCAGGUAGGGCUUGGCCAGCUCCACUAUCAAGGAGGAAGAGGUGUAGUACGUGAUCAUCAAAAAGCUUUGCAUUAUUUUCUCCAAGCAGCUGAUGCAGGAAAUCCUAUUGCUAUGGCAUUUCUAGGAAGGAUUUAUUUGGAAGGAAGUGAAAUGGUUAAGGCUGACAAUGCCACUGCUUACAAAUAUUUCAAAAAGGCUGCAGAUAUGGGUAAUCCUGUUGGACAAAGUGGACUUGGCUUGAUGUACUUAGAAGGAAGAGGUGUUGAAAGAGAUUACAGCAAAGCUCUGAAGUAUUUUUCACAAGCUGCUGAGCAGGGUUGGGUUGAUGGGCAACUUCAACUAGGCAUUAUGCAUUUUAGUGGUUUAGGUGUUAGAAGAGACUAUAAAUUAGCUAAUAAAUACUUCACUCUGGCAUCUCAGUCUGGACAUGUAUUAGCAUUUUAUAAUUUAGCACAAAUGCAUGCAACUGGCACUGGAAUAAUGAGAUCCUGUUCAACUGCUGUGGAGCUUUACAAAAAUGUUGCGGAAAGGGGAAGAUGGGGUGAAAAAUUAAUGGAAGCUCAUAAUCAUUAUAGGGAAGGUCGUUACAAUGAGGCAUUUGUGCUGUAUUCUUUACUGGCUGAGUUAGGAUAUGAAGUCUCUCAAAGUAAUGCUGCCUUUAUGCUGGAUAGAGGUGAAGUAUCUUUAGCACAGAGAGAUGAAAAUGAAACCUAUAUUCGUGCUCUUGUUUAUUGGGGCCGAGCAGCAUUACAAGGAUAUUCCCCUGCUCAGGUGAAGUUAGGAGACUACCAUUAUUAUGGAUUAGGAACUAAUGUUGAUUAUGAAAUGGCUGCAAUGCAUUAUCGAUUAGCGUCUGAUCAGCAGCAUAAUGCCCAAGCGAUGUUUAAUCUGGGAUACAUGCAUGAACAGGGAUUAGGUCUUCAACAGGAUAUGCAUCUUGCCAAAAGGUGUUAUGAUAUGGCUGCGGAAGCUAGUGCUGAUGCGAAAAUUCCUGUAGCUUUGGCAUUGAUGAAGCUCUCACUUGUUUGUAGUUUGAAAUAUUUUGAAGAGAAGAACUGGAAGGAUUUUGUGAGUCUUCGAGUUAUGACUUCUCAGUUUGGCCCAAAUUGGGACCUAUACAUAUUUUCAUUUCUUCUUGGUCUACUGGUUAUUUUGGUAUAUUUCAGAAGGCCUCGCCCCAAUCAGAGAUAACAUUAAGCUGUAGAAGUCAUUAAAAUAUUUAAAAAAAAAAGAAAAAAAAAAAAAAAAAGAAUGAAAUAAUGACUGUGUUUUUGUGAUAUGUUGAAGAUAGGAAAUCAGAAGCAUGACUUACAGAAUUUCUAUUGUAAAUAACUUUUUCUUACUUCUAUAAAUGUUAGACCAAAUAAGAUAUAACAAUUUAUUUCUCCUUAUUUAAGUAAUGUGAAUAAUUUCUGUUGUAAUUGUAAUGCUUGUAUAUAUUCACAGAUUGAAUGGUAUUUAAUUUAAAAAUGAGGAUCUAUGGCAGGAAUUAUAAUAAUUUGAAAAAAAAGAAAUGAAAAAAAAAUAUAUAAUAAAAGAAAAAAAUAUUUUAAAAACUUCUUUGUUCAGUAUUUGUUUUUUUGUUGCUUUUUUAAGUUAUUUUUUUCACUGAACAAUUAGGUAACGACUGAGAAUUCAUUAAAUUUUUACUUUGUUAAAUUUUUAUUGUUACAAAAAGUUAUGCCACUGAUUAUAAAAUAGUGCUGUUCAUUAAUUUUUUUUGUAAUUUAAAGAAUUUAUGUAAUCAAAAUUUCCAUUUAUGUCCAAAAAAAAUUUUAUUGAAGUCUAUUAGUUAAUUUUUUUGAAAAAUACAAUACUAAACACUGUCCAGUAAUGUUAUAAACAGUAUUUGAGCAAAUUAAUCUAAUUUUUAAAUGCUUACAGUACUUAUGAGGCAUUUUUAACUGAAUGAAAAAAGUAAAAUAUUGUUUGUUUCUGAUUAGGGCAGAAAUCUAUCAUCACUGUAUUUAAAACAAUGAAAAGCCUCAUUAAAACUUAGUCCUGAUACAAUAAACAUUUAAUGUUUGUUUUAAGUACUUCUUUACUAAGCAAAUUAUGAAUAUUAGUUUUGAACUGGAACAAAAGUUUUAGUUUUAACUAUAAGACUUUUGCACAAUAAUGAAAUAGUAGAGUUGACUCAACAUACAUUUAAAAAAACCUUUUAUACUUUAAUUUUAGUUUGUUCACUUAUUGUUGUUGAAUUAUUUAUUUUUUCAUUUUCUGCAAACUUUCACUUGAGUGCAGGUCAGGUAAAAGAACAUUUUUAGUAGACUUACGGGUGUUGUACAAAUUAGAGUAAUCGUAUUAAUGUAUUUUUUAUAUAAUAGCACCUUUGUAGAUAGUAAUUUACUUACUAUUCUAGAUUUACCUAUUUAAAAAGAUCACUUUUUUUUUUUAAACAGUUAUAAACUUUUGAAUGUUAAAUAAAAAAAAAAGUUUUAAAAACAUAACAACAAGGUUGUUUUCAACUUAUUACUGCUUUAUGAAAUAAUUUAAUUUUGGCAGAAUUCAGGAAAAACUACCCAUUUCAGGGAUCGGUCCUCAAAAUGAUAUACCUAUAUAAAUCAUUUAGGAAUAAAGAUCUAGUCAAUGAAAUUAACUGAAAACAGCAUUUUUCAUAACAGUUACUGAAUAAAAGGAGAUUGAAUUUGAGACAAGUUAAGGCUUAGUAUUUUCUAUAUUAAAUAGCUGAUUUUGAAUUGUUGAGUUUUGGCAUGAUUCUUGGAUCAGGACUGACAAUGUUUCAUUCUAUAUGCGAUUUGCUAUAUUUUUUUCCAGUAAUUUACUUUAACAUCCCAUAUUUCAUAAUUUCUUUUUCUUUUCUAUUUAAUGUUACUUUUAUUUCAGAAAUGACAAAAAAUCACAUUUUUUAUCGUUAUCUUGCGGAAAACUAAAGUUCUGCCCAAGCCCAAAUAGUAUUGUAUGGUAUGUAAGAAUGCUACGGUACUAUUUUUCAUCCAGUUUUUCAUCUAUGUGCAAGAGGUAUUCCAACUCCAGAUCUAGAAAUUCAUCCCCAUACCAUUAAGAAGCCACCUCUAUGUUUUACUGUUGGUUGAAAACAUUCAGGUGAAAAUUCCACUCCAGAACAUGCGUGGGUGGUCUGAAAACUUUCCGACCUAACAAAAAUACAAUACAUUUUUUUUCUUUUUCAACAUAGUUUCAACAUUUCUUACAUUUACAUUUACAUUCAACAUUUCUUUUUCAACAUUCUUUUUCAACAUGCUCCUUGUAACUCUACACACUUCUCCCAGCAAUGCUCCCAUCCUGUCUUGGUGAAACAGGAUUUUCUUUUUCUGCAAAUGUGGCCGUUUUUCCACAAGUUCUGCCUUCAGCUUGUAAAGUAAUGAUGCGUGGUAUGCUCCGUUAAUGGUUUUCCUUUUUGAAGAUAGUCGAUUAAAAUAACUCGAUGACUAUCCCAAAAAAUAGUCACCAUCACUUUCCCAGCCUAGAAAACAGUUUUUACUUUUUUUGGAGCCGGUUCCUCCUUUGCAGUCCACUGUUUGGACUGUAUUUUUGUUUCGGCAUAUAAUGGUGUAUCUAAGUUUCAUCUACAGUAAUUAAUUGGUGCCAAAAUUCAGAUUUAUUGCACCAACAGAGCAUUGGAAAUGUUUAUUCGAACACAUUUUUUGUCUAACAUUAGCAAAUGCGGCACCCAACGUGUGGACAACUUUCUCUUAUCUAAAUGUUGAUUUAAUAUGUAACAAACGCAUUCUUUUGACAUGUUCAUAACCUCUGCUAUCUCUCUCACUUUAAUUCAGCGGUCGUCUAGCACCAUUUGGUGAACUUUGGG